AUGAGAGAGAAAAUAAAAAUAAUAUCCUCAAUACUACUUUUACUACCGCAUUCGAUAAAGUGCAAUGAAAAUUUUUGUAAAUUGCAAGCAGCUGCUACUUUUGAUAGUGCGCUUACCUACUGUACUGACACUCUAGGGGGAGUACUUUGGACUCCAGCGCAAGAGACCGAUUUCGAUUGGGUAGAAGUUUCGGGGCAAGAGAUCCAUACGGAUGUAUAUUUGAAAGGAUCAGAUUUGCAAGUUAAAUCAACAGCCUCCCUGAAUACUUUUGGCGCGACUCAUCCCCUUGUCACGUCUACUUGGGCUCUUGAUACUAAAUUUGCACAAUGCCAAAGCCUAGGAACUGGCGCAUCUGAAAAAUCUAUUGUUGUAUCGAAAACAACAUGCGCUCUCUCGUCAAGUAGCAGUUAUGGCUAUGUCUGUCAAAGUGCAACAUGCUACACGGACGGAUCGGGUUGCUGUGACACUUCAGUGACGACUACACCAACAGACGAGCCAGCUUUUCACUGUGAGCUCUCUUUGCAAGCAGACUCUAUUAAUUGUACCGACGAGGUAAUUGGAGAGGAAACUUUCACUGUCUGUCCAAUCAAGAAAAAUUACGCAGAUGCUCAAUCCCAUUGCAAUCAAUUUGGUCUCCGACUCUUCAUGCCUAGAACAGCCGAUGAUAUCGCCUUUAUGGGGUCAAUUUCGAGCGAAUAUUACCUCGGAGUCAGAGCGAACGGCGACGGUAGCGGGUACGUUUAUGACUCCGCCGUUGAUCCAAAUGGAGCGGUAACAGCUGAUUUCGAAAGUGGAGCCAAGUGUUCUACGACGGCCAUUGAUGAUUGGUUCACAAUGACUCCAAAUUCUUGCAUCGUCAUCCGAGAAGACGGUGGUUGUAGCGAAAACGUCGAUUGCUCCGAAGAACACCACUUCAUCUGCGCAGACGAUGAUAACACCCGAACAACCUGCGCUGUUAACAAUCUCGGCACUGUGUCAACCGAUGGGCCGAUAAAUGAUGUAAUUGCUUCGAAACCUGCUCCUGAUUUCAGUGCAGUAACGCAGUAUAAAGUCGCUGGAACUAAUACGACCUUUGCCCGGAAUAUUUUCGCACGGUACACCGCUCCGCAAAGAAUGGAAAAACGAGAAUGCAAUGGGGACCUCAAACCUACCCCAGGCUCGAAUAUGAAGUUUUUUAGAAGUGUGAGUCUUCAAUUUAAAAAGAAACCUGGAAUCGCUGAUUUCGCUGCUGCACCGGAAUUUCUUCUAACAAGAAGUCUCUGCGUUAACAAACUAUCAAAAGCAUUUAAUCCAAAAGAAAAAGGCGAUACAUGCGUCAUAGGCGGCGAAACCGUUUGGUUAAAAGAAAACUCAGCUCAGAGACUGCUACCAACAUUUGCUACUGGGGAACUUGUUUGGCCACAAGGCGCUGGAGAGUAUUUUAUGCCGCUUUGGGGGUUCAAUACGAUGGACGCUUACAAAAACGAACAAAAAAGGGGAUACAGACCAUCAGAUUGUGACGCCGGUAGUACUACUCAAGAGCUCAAAAAUCCACCGGGACAUGUUGAGCCACUGCUUUUUAGGGCCAUGGAAAUGAGCCUUGGUAAACAUCCAGUACAUAGAGAUUUCGGAGCAGGAAGUUAUGAGUUCCCAAUGGAUCGAAAUAUCUUCACGGACGUUUGGGAUCUACCUGCUGCUGGUGUUGACAGAACAACGGCAACUGCUGGAUGUGAGCACGGUGACAUUUUCGAACCACUGACAGAAUCGGAUUUCAAUUAUCUCGAGCAAUUUGAAGAGCCAAUUUGGAUUCGACAAAGUACGGGAGCUACUUACGACUCAUCUAAUGCUGUCUUCAUCAGCAGAUGCAUGGACAGUCAUCCGCCCAUUUCCACUGAUUUCUACUUUUACGUUGAUGGAUCUCAAAAUCCAAGCUGUCAAUAUUCGACGACCGGUUCAGAAUCGUACAAAUAUCUUUGUUCACCGAAUCUCGGCUGGGGCAAGAACUCAAAAAGUUUCACCUACACCACCGGUCAUUGUACACAUGGUCAUACAAGCGUCAAAAUGGAUCAAAUUGGCAACCAAGGUGCUUGGGACAAUCUUGCCUGGCAAUACUCAGCGCACAUCAUCGAGAUCGACAACAACCCGCCAACUUUCAACGCUCCCUGCAACUGGAACAUAAAAGGUGGUUGUGGGCCAAGCUACUUCGAUCUACAACCAACCGAUGGUGACGGUGAUGGAAUUGGUUGCCGGUUUUCAACACUUGAAGAAGCCGGUGGCUAUGCUCGUGAAGCGUUUGUUUUCGAAGCAGAUGACAACAGAGUCAACAGGUUUACCUUUGAUUAUACAAAAGGGCCGUGUGUUUUGAAAUACGAUCCGGAUCUUGAUGUCGAGGAUGAUAUGACUAAACCAAGAGGCAAAAAGCAAAAACCAAUUGCUAUUCAAGUUGAAGAUUUCCCCGCAGGCCUUGAUUAUACUCAACUCAUGAACUGGUGGCAGACUCCAGGCGUGCCGACACAAAUCAAAUCUUCAAUGCCGGUCCUGCUUGUUGCGGAAAUCGGAGAAGGCGCACCAGACGAUUCACUCCUCGCUGAGCCGAAUUUUGACGGGCUUUGUGCUCCAUCGACAGCAUCGAUGGGUCUUAAUGAAGCCUAUCUACAUUGUAAAAACAACGGCGGUUCACUUUUCCUGCCACGAACAACUGAAGAAAUUGAUUUCGCUAAAAAAUUCACCGACGAAAUUUGGAUUAGCGCCAUUGCCAAGGGCCCAACAACGAUCCAAGGCUAUGAGUCCCCCGAAGACGUCUCGCCUGAUUUAAACUGUAUCGACAUUGGUAAUGGUAUUCCAGCUGAAUCUGACAAUCCGGAAAAGGUCUACGUCUCUUUUCAAGGAGAUGGAACUAAUUUUGUUUGUAAACCAGAUCAGCACGAGUCGCUAAACAAAAAGUUCAUCUGUGAUCAUCCACUGCUGGACUGCCCCAGUCUUCUUCCUUCGCCAUGUGUCAUUUCGACGUACGCGGCCACAUAUGAUGUCGCAGCGGCUGAUUGUCAAAAUGCUGAUAUGGAGCUCGCCGGCCCAAGUACACUCGAUGAGUUGAUGAUUUUCGAAAGCUUUGGAGAAGAUCUUUGGGUGCGUCAAAAGGUGUAUGGAGACGGAACAUCACCAACAUUUUUUGACCCCUAUGCAACAGACCCAAUCACUGAUUUUGCUGUCUUAGAUGGUCACUGUGAUUCGUCCGUAAAUGGUCCAGCGACUGUUCCAACCACAGAUAUAAAUAAUCAACGAUGCGUUUCAAUUUCCUACGAAAAUAGUCCACCUUCAGGACAGGCCGAUAGUUGUAACUACGACAAUGACUGCUCAUCAGUAAUGAAAAAAUUCAUCUGCUCAAAACCAACAUUCACUGGUGAUUUAAAAUGUCUUCCUGGCUCAGCAUCCACUGUCGCUGAUUGUGACGCCGCGCUGGCCUCUACAAGCUCAAUUGAUCUCAUCAAAACAUCGAUUGAAGCGGGAAAAACUCUCUUUGAAGUAACCUCAAAAGAAGAUAAAGAAUUUCUUGAUGCAUAUGACGGGACUGGCAAGAAAGUACUUCUGAAUAACAGAGGGACUUCGAAAGGUGAAAUUGUAUCAUCGAACGGAAAUAUCUUGAAAACAAAGGGAAAGUUUCCACUGAAUCCUUGCGCUUCUGUGAGUAAUUCGAAGACAGAAGGUCAUGUGCUCUACGAUUUUGAUUCGAAAGUCUGUGAAAUUAUUCCCUACGGAAGCGCGGUUUCUGGAACAUUUUACUACAUGGUCAAACCGAAUGAAGGUUGCUCAGCGUUAGGUGCGAAAUGCCUUGGUGGUGCUGAAUGGAUAUUUCCGUCGCCAGAGAGCGGCAGCAUCGUAGAAGUCGAGUUGAACACUGAUCAAGAUGCAGUCAAAGUGCCGCCAGUUAAAAUACCUUGGCGAGGCGUCACCACUUACGACGGUCGGCAAUAUGCUCGUCUAAGUGGCGCAACUUUUUCACCGAUUCCAAGUGGAAUGACCUGCACUGACGAAGAUAAUGGCGUCUUUAUCUGCGAAUGGACUCCAACUCAAGAACAAUUGACAUCAGAACAUUCCUUGUGCGGUCAAUGCGAAUCGGUCUUUCCUGGUCAAUAUUCAGAGACUCAGUGCACGACGAUUCGAUUCAUCGGAGAAAUUGAUGAACCUGAUGACAUCUGCGAAUACGAACGAGUAAAUCUCUACAAAGACAUAAUUUGGACCGGAAACGGACCACACGUCGAUCCUGCUGGAACUUACACUCCUCCUGUCCUUGCCAGCGACUGGUUCAGAUACAACGCGUCUCAAGAUCUUCUGAUGAAUCCGUCAACAAACAUCGAUGUCGAGCUUCAAGUAACUGGAGAUUACGAUGUUUCUGAUGUUGAAAACAUGUUUGACGGGGACGACUCAACUUGGUUUUCUUUUGAAGAGCCUUGUGCAGAAGACUACCGACCAUACGAGCUUACGUUUCGAUUCAUCGACGGAACUGUGGAGGAUGGAAACUGGGUUGAAGAUUUCGGAAGAGUCAUUUUCGAAAAAAUUGUCAUCAAAUUCAAUUACGAGAUUGUCUAUCUUCCGAAUUUCGACUCUGAACACCCGAUGAAUCAGCAUGUCGACUUCAAGGGCUUUUCUCACAACUCAGUCAAAGCGUAUUAUAACAGUAUCGACUCGUGGACGAAUGUAUACGAAGAUGUACUGAUUUCAGAGCUUCUUCCGACAGAUGACUUCUUCACGUUUGAGUUCAGACCAAAAGACUCAGCAAUAGUGACAAAUCAAAUCAAACUGGUCUUCGGAAACACGGCGAUAAAAAUUUCGGAAAUCUCUCUUCACUGGAAAGAAUGCGCAAUGAUCCCCUUCCUCGCCGGAAAUUACAAAGUCGGAAGCGAGAUCUUACCCGGGAUCGACAAGGAAAUUUGUGCUCUCGAUGCGAAACCCACGAGUUUGUCAAAUUUUGGAUACGAGCGAGUUUUAUCCGGAGAAAUAAUUCUUCCAGGACCAUAUGAUUUCGCCACAGAUGAUCAUCCAUACAAGCAGUUUAAUUGGGCAGCGAUCAAAAAACUCAGUGGGCAAAUUCUCUCCAUUGCGGAUGCUCAAGCCGCUUGCUCGAUCGACGGAAAGCAGCUCAUCUACCCGUGGAUAGAAUCACAAAAUCAAUGGUGGUCCGAUCGAAUUAACGAAGUAAUCGACACCGGCUCAGUUUCUGGAAUCUACGCAAUCGUUGGACUCGAAACCAUUUACAAAACGACGACAAAUGGCAUCUUCUUCCCUCCAGGUCUUCUCAAGCCGUUGAAACCGGGAAAUGCAAACAACGGAUUCGUUAAUUUCUGGGGCUCAAAAUCGAACACCGCUGCUCAAGCCGCGUUCCAGGAGCUCUCGAAUGGAAAUGCCUUUUACAUCGACCCAGCUACUGGAGACUGGGCUUUGAUGGACCUUCAAAAUGAUGCUGCGUCGUAUAGUAAUUGGGAUACAGUCAUGUGCGUGUAUAUUUCUGAUGUAAUUACCACAUGUAAAAAUCUCGAUGACUGUGUCGCGACAACACCUGGAAACUCGGAGUGCAAGUGCAAAGAUGGUAGCGAUGCGGUCGAUCCCGACAACGAUGCAAGUACAUAUGAUUUGGAAGUUUGCCCUGACUACGACGCUUGCUCUGAUAUUGGCAACUGCGGAUCAAUUUGCGAAAACGAGUACAAAUAUCCCUACUUUCGCUGCGGUUGUCCUGAAGCAUAUGAUGGAGUCCGCUACCGACUUGCAUACGACGGCGUCACAUGCAUUGACAUCAAUGAGUGUACAGAAGAAACCCACAAAUGCGAUAGCACUGCUCUAUGCGUCAACAAAGCUCCAAGUUUUCUUGGAAUGCCUUCUUAUAGUUGCGUUUGUCCCGGAAACACUCCGGCAACUUACAACUCCGCUGCGGAUUCGUAUUCUUGUUUCACUUGCCCAUGCGGGGUUGCUUGUCCGAAAGCACAAUGCUUUGAUAUUGAGGAUUGUGGAAUUGAUCUUUCUUCGGUAUUACCAGCAGUUGACGCUGGCUGCAGCGGUUUCAAAUGCGAAGACGUUCCCGGCCUCAUGUGCCCCGUUGGUGGCAUCGUUGGCUGCUCGAACACAGACGAUGCGGUUGAAUGCACAGUUCUUUCGGAGUGUGUUUUCGACUGCUCAUUUCUUGGAACUGGAUGGGAUUGCAUUGAAGAAGUCUGUUUGAAGAGCUCGGACUGCUCUUUUGCUUGCCCGCCCGAAGUCUACCUCGUGCAACUGAAAAGAACUGCCGAUGAACAAUUUCUUCACGAUGAAAGAACAUGUGAAAAUAUCUGA